CCUGGUGCUAGUUUCCACCCGUAAGGUUGGUUCAGAUGUCUUUCACUGUGUCCGUCCCUUGAGCACCAAUCGACUACAAAAUGCCUCUCGACACCUCAACAUAUACCCUCGCGCUCCUGCGCCUUGAUGGCCGGCGCUGGAACGAGCUUCGGCGCAUCCACGCACAAAUCAGUGUGCAGGCUGCCGCGGACGGCUCUUCGUAUCUCGAGAUGGGCAACACCAAGAUCCUCUGUACGGCUACCGGGCCCGCAGAAGGGAGACAGAUAGGGCAGAGGGGAGGGAAAGAUAACGAGGCGAAGCUCGAGGUGGAGAUUAAUCUCGCAGGUUUCUCGGGCGUAGAUAGGAAGAGGAGGAGGGUUGGUGAUAAACGGAUCACCGAACUCGAACACACUCUGAAGAGCGUAUACGCCUCCCUUGUCCUCACCCACCUCUACCCGCACUCCACCAUAACCCUGCAUCUGCACAUAAUCUCGCAAGAUGGUUCCCUCCUCGCCGCAUGCAUAAAUGCCUCCACACUCGCCCUCAUUGACGCCGGGAUUCCCAUGGCAGACUACCUCGUCGCAUGCACCGCCGCCUCAUCCGCAACUUCCGAUUCCUCAUCUGACAACUCCGACCCGCUGCUAGAUUUGAAUAGCCUCGAGGAGCAGGAGUUGCCGUUUCUGACAGUGGGCACGUUGGGGAAGACGGAGAGAGUUAGCGUCUUGUUGAUGGAGACUCGAGUGCGCAACGAGAGGGUGGAGGGAAUGCUGGCGGUGGGGAUUGAGGGCUGCAAGAGCAUGAGAGAUAUUCUUGAUGGCGUUGUGAAGGGGUAUGGGAAGAAGUUUAUAUGAAAAGUGACUGUGAAAUGACCAGAUCAGGGCCAAGCAAUGUUUACUGCAAGCACGACGGAUGUUUGGGAGAUAUGGCAACUAUGAUAUCAGGAUACUCACACGUCCAUCGUGUACGGAUUACUGAGCAGAAGCCAUCCCGUUCUGGCUUGCACUGAGUGCGACAUCUACCGAAGACAAAUCAAGUAAGGAAGAGAAGUUAUACUAUCGGCAAAUACCCAGAAUAGUGAUCAGCUCCUCCCUGAAAUGCCUCAGUAGUCCAGCAAAAUCCCUUGAGGAACUUCCACCUACCAUCCAAUAAGAGCCUAUCAACUGGAUGCAAAAAUCAUGGAGCGUUUUUAGUAUGGAAGCAAGGCAGAUAAACGCUUGAAUUCGUAAGAAUGCCAUGCUUAAUCCAUAUUCAAUAUCGUCGCAUAGCCCGAAAUCCCGUGUAGAUGUAAUAUAGUACCCAAGAAAACAGCC